AGGGAGGCUGUAUCACCUGACCAGGACUCUGGAGAGGCAAUGGCGACCCCCAUGUUCCGCUGGUGCUGUCCCGGAAGGCGUUGGGUUUUCGCCAGGAUUGGCGGCGGUUCUCGCCACGGAAGAGGGGUUCCAACUGGGUCCACGUCCGGCGGGAAGAGGGGACAGAGCUCAGUGGCUCAGCAGCCCCUCAUCACGGCCCAGAAACCGAGGAAAGGUGAACGUGAAUGGGCAGCUGUGGUAGGUUUGGAGAUUCAUGCCCAGAUUGCCUCCAACUCCAAACUCUUCUCUGGAUCUCAAGUCGACUUUGCAGCACCUCCCAAUUCUUUGGUAUCUUUUUUUGAUGCAUCUCUGCCUGGAACUUUGCCGGUCCUCAACAGGCGGUGUGUGGAAGCGGCCGUGAUGACCGGCCUGGCCCUGGACUGCCACAUCAACAGGAAGUCCUUGUUUGACCGGAAGCACUACUUCUACGCAGACCUCCCUGCCGGCUACCAGAUUACCCAGCAGAGGCUGCCGAUCGCCGUGAAUGGGAGCUUGGCAUACAGCGUCUGUGUGGGGAAGAGGUGGAGUCAGAUGGUCACCAGGACAGUGAGGGUCAAGCAGAUCCAGCUGGAACAGGACAGCGGCAAAAGCCUCCAUGACAACCUGCGGUCCCAGACGCUCAUUGAUUUGAACAGAGCGGGGGUCGGCCUUCUGGAAGUGGUCCUGGAACCUGACAUGUCCUGUGGAGAAGAGGCGGCUGCAGCCAUCAGGGAGCUACAGCUGAUUCUUCAGGCCCUGGGGACCAGCCAGGCGAACAUGGCAGAGGGUCAGUUGAGAGUGGACGCCAACAUAUCUGUGCAUCACUCUGGGGAGCCUUUGGGUGUUCGAACUGAAGUGAAGAAUCUCAACAGUGCCAGGUUUUUGGCCAAAGCUAUAGACUAUGAAAUUCAGAGGCAAAUCAGUGAACUCGAGAAUGGAGGUAAAAUUCUGAAUGAAACUCGCUCGUUCGAUUACAAGCUGGGGUGCACCGUGCCGAUGAGAGACAAAGAAGGAAAACAAGACUACAGGUUCAUGCCGGAGCCCAACCUGCCCCCGCUGCUGCUCUACGACUUGGGGUCCCUGCCCACUGGCGCAGACCCACAGCAGGUGAUCGACAUCGACCAGCUCCGGGAGCAGCUUCCCGAGCUGCCCCGCGUGACCCGGGAGAAGCUCGUGCGACAGUACGGGAUGCUGCCGGAGCACAGCUUUGCCUUGCUGAAUGAAGUUGGCCUACUGGAGUUCUUCCAAAAUGUGAUAAAAGAAACUAGGGCAGAGCCAAAAAAAGUGACUAGUUGGGUCCUCAAUACUUUUCUGGGCUUUUUAAAGCAGCAGAACCUUGCCGUCAGUGAGAGUCCUGUCACACCCUCUGCCCUGGCUGAGCUGCUUGACCUGCUGGACAGGAAAGCCAUCUCUUCAUCCGCAGCUAAACAGGUGUUUGAGGAACUGUGGAGGAGUAAGGGCAAGACCCCAGCACAGAUGGUUGCAGAAAAGAAGCUUGAACUGAUGCAGGAUGCAGAGGCGCUGGAGCAGCUCUGCCGCUCCACACUAGAGGCGCAUCCUCAAGUGGUCACAGAUGUAAAGAAGGGAAACCCCAGGGCCAUAAACAAACUGAUUGGGUUGGUCCGAAGAGCGACUCUCGGCCGAGCGGAUCCGAUGGUGAUAAAGGAGGUGCUAGAGAGGCAGCUGUCGUCGUGACGGCUUCGGGUCCCCUUGCCACGGCCAGGCUGGAGCCUGUGCGCUGACGUCCUAGGCCCCAGCCAGAUGCUCCGCCCGACCUGCGCCUUGAGGUGCCACCUCCACGCAGACCAGGCCUGGCGCCGUUGCUUCAUCGACAUCACACGCUUCCGGGGGAGGUACAGCAGUGGUGAGAAACAGCACGUCCUAGUGUGCAGUGACGCCGAGCUCAACGCCACAUGCUCUUUCAGAUACUGUCACCGCACUAGGAACACGUUUCAUUCCGCAGGUCCCUCAACAAAUAUUUUUAAGCCCAUGCUAAGGGCCAGGCGUUGUUCCAGGUGCUGGGGAUUAACAAUGAUGAAGCGAGGCCGUGAUCUGGAUGCGGUCUUUUGUUUGGGGCGCUCUCAGUAGUCUUAGUACCAUUAGCUGUGUUCUCCCAUCCACUGAGGAAAAGUGAUGUUGCCCAUUCAACACCCAGGGAUCCCAGAAGGCAGAGGUCUGAGAAUAAAUGAUUUUUUUUUGGUAAAAAAGACAACAGAAGUUUUCAAAUAAAUUUAAUGAAUAAAAUUUAUACUGAAAUAUCACAUAAAAAAUUAACUUACACGUAGAAGAUCGGGCAGUGGACAACCCCCCUCCCUACCCUCAGUCCGAAAAGUUUUAAAAGGCGAAAAAAAAGCUGUAACAUUAAACUGACUUGUUUUGCCUGGAAAGAAUAAGAUGGUAAGCUAGUAAAUCAAAAUCUUGACCUUUAAUGGUAACUGUGGUACAGUUAACAGUAGUCCAUGGAGGCUGUGUUGCCCUCACCCCUGUUCUCGUGGCAAUAAUACUAUUUCUCCGUUGCACUGGGGCACCCCUUUGUUCACUGCACGCCUUUGUUACCUCUGACUCACAACACUAAAGACCAGUUUUGCAAGUGCUGUUUUUUAAAAGCACAUGUCAAAUAAACUGUGACAUAAAAGAAAAUCUUUGGAGGCCCUGAUUUUACACUGACUUCUCUCUUGUACUAAGAAGAGUACAAACAUUUCCGUCAUGAAUGGUGCUCCAGUGGCAGCUGGGGACCCGGAGGAGAGCCACCAACUUAGCAGCUCAUGGUUCCUGGUUGCAGAUGAUCGCUCAGGACUUUCCUAACUAGGAGUAAAGAGAGGACUGCCCCUCUUCCCAGCCAGAAAAGCAGGGACCAGUCAUCUGGCUUAUUUCAGACAAGCAUGAAGAGGUAAGGUUUUUUUAAAAACUAACUUUUUAAAAAAUGAGUGACUUAGAAGUGUUAAGAGAAUACGGUACGUUACAUCACCCAGGAAGCCGUGUGCCUCUCGCACAUCCCAUUGCAGUACUGAAAACUCCUGGGCCUGACAGUAAAAUACUUUCAUCAAACCUCUUUUCGAGAGAGAAAGGCAGGGCCAGUCCCCACCCCCCCAACCCCAUAGCUCCUGAGUCUGGAAUCUGGCGGGAUCAUGAUUUUGUAAGAAAUGAUAAGAUUCAGUUUUGUUUUACAAACUCCAUUUUCACCAAAGGUCUGGCUUCUUGGUCAUCAACCCUUACAGAAAGCACUGGACGAUCUUUCCAGACCAUUUUAAAUCAAGGGCUUACUUAAGUGGGGUCUGGGGAGGGGCGGGGACAGCCAGAUGAAGGCCAUUUACCAACAAUAUCACGUCAUAUGUAAACCGUCUUAUGGACUGAUCAUUUCAGGAGAAAAAUGCCAUUGCUGGGGUCGGGGGUAGAGGGAGGGCGAAAUGGGUAAAGGGGGUCAACUAUAUGGUGGCAGACAGAAACUCAGCCUUUGAUGGUGAAUACACUGUAGUGUAUGGAGAAGUCAAAAUAUAAUGUUAUACACGUGAAACAUAUAAUGUUAUAAACCAGUUACCUCAACACACAAAAAAGCACUUGAUCUUUACAAUGCUAACUGUCAUCCAGCUCUGACAAUUGCUUGUUGUCUUAAAGGCCCACUUCUGAAAUCCUAAAAAUGAGAUUGUGUUGUUAUAACUGCUAAUAGAAAAAAACAUAUCAAAGCACAGCUCAGAUAUCUUACUUGGAACCUGACUAGAUA